AUGCAUGCUUCCAUGUCACGUGCGUUCCUGUAUGGCCUUCUUGCUGCCACGGGCGUCAAUGCCAAGUCCACCCCGAAGCACCUUGAGUAUAGCGUCGUGACUGGUCUUUUCCUCCAGGACGAGAACACUACAACGCCAUCGGGAUUCGACUUCAUUGGUACAAACUUUGGUCUGAUCAACCGUACAUAUCCAUCCGAUCCCAGCUGUCCUGACGACAAGAAGUCGACGCAAUGGCAGCGUCUGGCUCACUACAUUUCCACCUUGAAUAAGAGAGGCCCGGAGAAUGAGCGCUAUGCUUUGCUCUUCAUGGGCCGCCAUGGCGAAGGCUUCCACAAUGCGGCGGAAACGUAUUUUGGUACUCCAGCUUGGAAUUGCUACUGGAGCGAACUCGACGGCAACGGCACUACCACUUGGGCUGAUGCCAAGUUGACCACCACAGGCGUCCAGCAAGCAAACCGAGUCAACGCCUUCUGGGCUCACCUUCUCAAAGACGAGAACAUCUCUGCGCCUCAGAGCUACUACACCUCUCCCUUGUAUCGCUGCCUGGACACCGCUCGCCUAACAUUUCAGGGUCUGCCUUUGCACGGGCAUUCCAAGUUCGAGCCCGUCAUCAAGGAGCUCCUGCGCGAGGGUAUCAGCGCACAUACGUGCGAUCGCCGCAGUACCAAGUCUUACAUCAAGAAGAACUUCCCAAAAUUCAAGUUCGAAAAGGGCUUUCCUGAGGACGAUCCAUACUGGACCCCACUGAAAGCCGAGCCCAGUGCUAAUCAGGAUAUUCGAAGCAAAGCGCUGCUAGAUGAUAUCUUUGAGAACGACGAUGCGACGUACAUUUCCAUUACAUCCCAUUCUGGCGAGAUCGCUAGUCUGCUGCGCGGUAAGUCACCCCGAAACCGGUUCAAAUUGGCUCGAUACUAA